CACAAAUACAAAUGCAGAUUUCCACUGCAAAGCCGUGAUAGUUAAGCCCACACCUUUAUUCACCUUUAACCUUUUUUUUUGUCUCACUGAUUUGAUGUGUGAGUUCUAUUCGGACAGACUGAUGCAUGUUGGAGUAAUUUCCACACAAAUGUUCAGGAAACCGAUCGCCAUGACGCACAGCAGCAUCUAUUGUCCGAUUACACUCAAACUUAGAGACAAAGCUGAGUUGGACGGCGUCAUUGUUCAUCGCAUUCACUGGUUUUAACUGUUCCAGAUAAAGCUCCAUUCUCAGCAGGCCACUGACACAGCACAUCCACCGCACACAUCCGUUUGCCUGCAUGUUCCCCAAAUACACCAGCGCCCAUUGAAGAGAUGGAUCUUUGCUGGCCUGAGGUCAGUCACCCGCUGACAGGCUCGCUGGAGGUAAGAGGCUGCGGCCGGAAGUUCCUGUAACACAUUUCACAACGUGACAAAUUGGCAAAGUUGUUGCCACAUCCUCUUUGUUCCGGCAGAGCUACACUUGUCUGCAAGAUGAGGACGGCAGGGCUGCUGGUUGUUGUGGGUCUGUGUGCGUUAAACGUCACGUCUUCCCUGAAAAUCUGCGCUUUUAACGUUCAGAGCUUUGGAGAGUCAAAGGCAAACAACAAGAAGGUUAUGGGGAUUCUGCUGAAGAUUCUUUCUCGCUGUGACUUGUGUCUAAUUCAGGAGGUUCGAGACUCUAAAGGAGAAGUAAUACAAGCUUUGGUUAAAGAUCUGAACAGAUUUGACGAAUACAACUCCUAUUCUUAUGUGGAGAGCGAAAGGCUGGGCAGGAAGUCCUACAAGGAGCAGUACGUCUACAUUUACAGGAACAACGUACUGCAGGCCAAAGAGCUUUAUCAGUAUCCUAAACUGGAAGGAGCCGGGACCAAUGAGAAGGAUGUUUUCUCCAGAGAGCCAUUCAUCGUCCGCUUUAACUCCCCGACUACAUUGGUGAAGAACUUUGUCUUGAUAGGACAACAUACCUGCCCCAAAACUGCCAUGAAGGAGAUGGAUGAGCUCUAUACUGUCUUCAAAGGGAUGCACAAGAAAUGGAAGACUGAGAACGUGAUGAUCUUGGGGGAUCUGAACGCCGGCUGCAGCUACGUCACCAUCAAGGGCUGGAAGGCCGUUCGCUUGAGGAGUGACCCCAGUUUUCGCUGGUUAAUUGGAGACGACCAAGACACCACAGUCAGGCUGAAGACGCACUGUGCUUAUGACAGGAUCAUCGUACAUGGACAGGAGAUUAUUUCUGGUGUAGUUCCAGGUUCAGCCCAACCGUUCAACUUUAAAGAGAAUUUCCAUCUCACUGAAGCGGAGGCUCUUGAAGUGAGUGACCACUUUCCUGUAGAAGUUGACCUGAAGCCCAGCCACCGCUACCUCCUCCACCACGAGCUGUAGGCCGCUCAGCAUCAACAUCAUGAAGAGUUUGAUUUUAAAUUGCAG